GCCGGCCCCGGCGGAGCCGUGUCGGUAGUUACUGAUACGCGGCGGCGGCGGGGGGCGAGCCCCGCGGCUCUGACAUGGAUCUCCAGGUGGUUGUGUGGCUGUUCUACUGCUUUCUGCUGCCCACCGCGCUGUUAACAGCUUGUCUUUUUCGCUACAACAUCCUGUCGCUGGUUUACUUCCUUUACCUGCUGCUGCUGCCAUGGUUCCUGUGUCCCAACAAACACACGAUCCGAGGUCACACAGGAAGGUUUAUCAGAGCGGUAUUCUGUACCAGUCUACUGUUUGUACUGGCUCAUAUCUGCUUCCAGACAGUACUAUACACGUAUCCUCCUCUCAACAUCGCCAUAGGUGAUAACUGUUCACAAUGGGACACCAUAACCAGACAUAUAGGACUGUCCAGGCUUCCCUUGGAUGAUCCUUGGAGUGUGUUACGCCUUCUGUGUCCUGACCUCGGUGUGUGUGUGGUUGCCUUGGUAACAGUUGUCCUCUGCAGCAGAUUGGUCAGGAACAGAGAAAUGGUGGCUGCUGCCAACAUUACAUUGCUACAAGAUGAUCCAACAGACAAAACCACAGUUGAUGAGGAGGAGGAUGAAGAGGAAGAGGCGUCAGGAGAUGAAGAUGAAGAAGAGAGGUCAUUACCUGGUGACCCUGAGGAGGAGGUUUCCACAGCAACCAGAGCCAAACAGCUGGCUGAGCGUAUGAAGGCCACAGCCCGGAAAGUUCUGCGGGACCUGGGGAGAGUCUUGGCCAUCAGCCUGCUGGCUUUGGCUGGCAUCACACUGCCCUCUGCCUUCUCAGCCAUCUACUUCCUGCUUUUCAUUGGCGUGUGCACAUGGUGGGCGUGCCACCUUCCCAUCAGCCACCUGGGUUUCAAUGCACUGUGUGUGAUGGUGGGCUUCUUCACCUCUGGUCACAUGGUCUGUCUGUACUUGUACCAGAGUCUGCUGGCCCAGGCCCUGUUUCCCCCACACAGUCUGUGGGCCAGACUUUUUGGUCUGAAGGACAUCAUCAUACCAGGAAACUGCUCCUUGCCCUAUGACCUCAACCUUAAUGCAGAUCAUGAUUGGCCAGUUUAUGUCAACCCAGGAAUACUGUUCCUCCUCUACAUUACCAUAGCAACUGUUCUCAAGACAGGAUGUCAUGGAACACCUAACCAGCUCGGCAGUUUCUCACACAGUUGGUCAUUGGCAGGGCAUGGAGGCACAAGAGGAUUUGAAAUGGAACACAGAUGCUGUAUUUGUGUUCAGCAGGAUGAGGAGGAGGAGCAGCAGCAGCAGGAGAAAAGGGAAGAAUUGAAGGAGGAGAUGGUGGAGUUAAGGUCAUGGAAUCAACAGAAAGAUAACUCUGUAGAUGACACACAGCUCAUGCUCCAGUCUAUGGGAACAGAAAGCAGCAGAGGAGAAACUGUGGCUGGAGAGAGUCAGCCAGAUCUGGGUGUUUGUGGCGCUCCCAGGGGCCAACAGAGCGAAAGUCCGUUUUUCCUGCUGGGAAAGGUGGUCAUGCAGCAGAGCUAUGUCUGCGCUCUCAUAGCCAUGAUGGUUUGGAGCAUCACGUACCACAGCUGGCUGACCUUUGUGCUGCUGCUGUGGGCUUGUCUCAUCUGGAUCCUGCGUGCCAGAAGGCAUGCAGCCACACUGUGCUCUCCAUUCAUCCUGCUCUAUGGCCUGGCUCUGUGCUGUCUGCAGUACGUCUGGGCCAUGGAGCUUCAGCCUGAACUGCCCACCACUGUGGGAACCAUGAGCCUCAGACAACUGGGGCUGGACAGAGCCCAGUACCCCUGUCUAAGACUGGGAGCUAUGCUUCUGUUCACUUUAACCUUCUGGCUGUUGGUACGUCAGUCAGUGAAGGAAAACUUCAGCAAGAAGAGGAAAAUGACCACACCACUACAGGAAGUCACUACAGGAGAAGAGGGGGCAGCUAAUGAAUCGGUGCUGAAGGUUCUGGGAGGCAUGGUGAUGAGCUGUUAUGCCAAAUACUGGAUCUAUGUGUGUGGAGGGAUGUUCAUCAUGGUCUCCUUUGCUGGAAAACUUGUUGGAUACAAGAUCAUCUACAUGCUGCUGUUCCUGCUCUGCCUCUGUCUCUAUCAGGUGUACUAUUCUCUGUGGAGGCGUCUGCUGAAGCUCUUCUGGUGGCUUGUUGUGGCCUACACCAUGCUGGUGCUGAUCUCCAUCUACACUUACCAGUUUGAAGACUUCCCUGGAUACUGGAGAAACUUUACUGGUUUCACAGAAGAACAGCUGGCAGCCAUUGGUCUGGAGAUGUUUGCUCUGUCCGAACUCUUCACCAGUAUUCUGAUCCCUGGCUUCUUCCUGCUGGCCUGUAUUCUGCAGCUGCACUACUUCCACAAGCCCUUCAUGAGAAUCACUGACCUGGAGCAUGUUGCACCUAUACACAAGAAGAAGAGCAGUGAGAGGGCUGAGCAGACUGGCUCCGGGAAUGUGGGGGUGAACUUUGAAGAGGAAGACCUGGUGACUAACAUCGAUGAGGAAUCUGAAGACGAAGGUGGUCUUGAGCCUCGGAUGUUUCUAUUGGAGUUGAUGCCCAGUAAGUGGGGUCUGGUGAUGGACAGGUUACUGGUUCUGUCCAGAAGGUUCUCUGACAUUCUCACCAAAGUUCAAGUGUUUCUCUGGAGGCUUCUGGAGCUCCACAUCCUCAAGAUGGUGGCCUUCUUCUCUGUGUGGGUUGCACUUGAAGAGCCGUCUGUGAUGAACCUGGUCCUGGUGGUGUUGUGGUCUCUGGCGAUGCCUUAUGGUCGCUUCAGGCCCAUGGCUUCCUGUCUGUCUACAGUCUGGGUGUGUGUCAUCAUCGUGUGUAAGAUGCUGUACCAGCUCAGUGUUGUCAACCCUGUUGAGUACUCCAGUAACUGUAGCCUGCCCCUAGCAAAUGAAACCAACAUGUUACCAGAGGAGAUGAUGAACUCCUCUCUGUAUAUGGAGCCAGUGGAUCCAGCCAAAUGGUUUGGCAUCAGGAAAGAUGCCACCGUACUGGGAUACAGCAAGAACCAUUUGAUAGUGCUGAUGUUGUUGGUGUUCGAGGCGACAGUGUACCGUCACCAGGCCCACCACUACCGUCAGCUCCAACGAUCUCCGCCCUCCAUCCCCACUCUGUUCCCCACCGCCACCAGGGACACUCUAGACCAGGGCCUCCUACCCUGCUUCAAGUACCUGCUCAACUACACCUUCUACAAGUUUGGACUAGAGAUUUGCUUCCUGAUGACGGUGAAUGUGAUUGGCCAGCGGAUGAACUUCAUGGUGAUAAUCCAUGGCUGUUGGUUGGUAGCCAUGUUGGUGAGGCGGCGGAGGGCAGCUAUUGCCAGGAUCUGGCCCAGAUAUUGUCUCUUCCUGUCCAUCUUCAUGAUCUACCAGUAUCUACUGUGUGUAGGCAUACCGCCUGCUCUCUGUAUAGACUACCCAUGGCGGUGGAACACUCCAGUGUUGAUGAACUCGGCUCUCAUUAAAUGGAUCUAUCUGCCUGACUUCUACACUGUGCCUAACUCCAAAAACCUCAUAGCGGACUUUGUGUUGCUGAUGUGUGCAUCCCAGCAGUGGAAGGUGUUUGAGUGUGAGCACACGGAGGAGUGGAUGGUUCUGGCAGGAGAGAACACAGACGACCCUGAACCAAUGGAAGAGCGACUGUUUAACCCUGCACCCAACUUCAUCAACUGCAGGAGUUACCUGGACAUGGCUAAAGUUUUGGUGUUUCGUCACCUCUUCUGGUUUGUGCUGUCGGUGGUCUUCAUCACCGGGGCUACCAGGAUCUCUGUGUUUGGAUUGGGCUACCUGCUCGCCUGCUUCUUUUUCCUCCUGUUUGGGACCCAGCUAUUGGUCAAACCAUCCAGGACCCGCCUCGCCCUGUGGGACUGUCUCAUCAUCUAUAACGUGGCAGUCAUUAUAUCUAAAAAUAUGUUAUCAAUCCUGGCGUGUGUGUUUGUGUUUGAGAUGCAGAAAGGCUUCUGUUGGGUGAUUCAACUCUUCAGCCUGGUUUGCACAGUCAAAGGAUACUAUGACCCGAAAGUAGUGAGUGGCAAGACCUGCAGCCUCCCAGUAGAAGAGGCCGGGAUCAUCUGGGACAGUAUCUGUUUCCUCUGCCUGUUACUGCAGCGGAGGGUCUUCCUGAGUUUCUACUUCCUGCAUGUGGCGGCAGAGCUGCAGGCUUCUGCCAAACAGGCCUCGAGGGGCUUUGAGCUCUUCAGAGCCAGUAUCGUGAAGAACAUUAAGUUCCACCAACAAGCUGAGAGGAAAUCUCUGUCUCAGCUCAAGAGAUCGAUGCAGAGAAUUCGCUCCAAGCAGCAGAAGUACAGAGAUGGACACAAAACAAGUGACGAUUCCAACAAGAGUCAGACUGCUGAGACCCAGACAGACAAGAAAAGGUCCAGGAAGAAAAAGUGGCACCAGCCGUGGUUGGACCAUGCUACAGUUCUCCACUCAGGAGAGUACUACCUGUUUGAAUCAGACAGUGAGGAUGAAGAGGAGCUGCAGUCUGAAGAACAGAAGCCUCAGACUGCCUGUCAGUUGGCAUACCAAGCGUGGGUGAGCAGCGUGAAAACAGCUUUGAGAGAACGACAGAGACACCAGAGACAGCUGAGGAGGAUUGAGAGAAAAGAGAAAGAGAGAGAAGGAAGAAUGGGUUCACAGCAGGAGGCUUUCUCUGUGAUGGGUUGUGGGGACGAUGUGUUUGAGGAGCCUGUCAUUCAGGAAGAGGUGGAGGAGCCAGAGGAACAGGAAUCUGGUCAUGGCGAGAUGGUUCAGAGGAUCUUGGAUAUCCUGCGUUUCUUAUGGGCCAUAGUUCUGGCCAUGUUGGACGGACUGACUCAGUGGUUCAACCUGCUAACGAAACAGUACAGAGAGACAUCUACUGUUCUGUGCAAUGAACGUUACUUCAUUAUACACAAGAUACAGCAGCAUCAUACAACAGCAGACUCCACAGAUGACCAGGUAUCUCAGGGCAGUGAGAGUCCCACACUGGAGACCUGUUUGGAUGAGACUGAUGCAGAAAACUCCACCAGAUACAGCUGCCUGGAGGUGGAGAGCGGGGGGUUGACAGGCCGGUCUACCCCCAGGCCAAGGCUCAACAGCACUGGGAACCUCUUGAGUCCAGAACCCCCAUCCAGCAGCAUGGAACUGGUACCAGUGCCAUCCAAACAACAACACAGACACUCCCGAACAGCCAGCGAGCUGCUGGGAGACAGGCAGUUCUUCAUUGAGGAGCUAGAACAGAGCAGAGAGUUCUAUAACAACCAGAACCGUCUGCUGAAGUUGCUGUUUGCCAUGUACAACCUGCUGGCUGCCAACUCAGAGCUAGUCUGCUAUUUCAUCAUAGUGUUGAACAACGUGGUCAGUGCCUCUGUGAUAUCACUGGUCCUGCCCAUACUGGUGUUCCUAUGGGCUAUGUUAGCUGUUCCAAGACCAACCAAGAGGUUUUGGAUGACUGCUAUAGUCUACACAGAGGUGAUGGUGGUGGUGAAAUACCUUUUCCAGUUUGGAUUCUUUCCCUGGAACAGUGUUUAUGAGAUGACUCUAAAUGAAGACAAACCUUUCUUCCCACCUCGCAUCCUGGGCCUGGAUAAGACUGACAACUACAUCAAAUAUGAUCUUCUUCAGCUGCUGGCUCUGUUCUUCCACAGAUCCCUGCUCAUGCGUUAUGGCCUGUGGGACCAUGAGGGCCCCCUGGAGGAGCAGAGCCCCUCACCAGAAAGUUGUAAGGAUGAAGGAAAAACUAGAGAUGAAGGUGGAAGCAGGAAGGAGGAGGAGGAGGAACUGGACCAACUUGAAAAGGAUAAUGUGGACUAUGUUGAACCGAGUACCAGCUCUGCUGCUGCUACCCCACAACCUCCUGCAGCUGAACCAGCACCCACUGGGUCAAAACACGGACAGGAAACUUCGUCUGGGCUGAAGAACACGUUGAAUCCUCCCAGCAGUCAGAGGGAGGAUAAGAUGGAGGGAGACCAUGAGCAGGUGAUAGAGGAAGUCCCUAAGAAAAGCAGCAGUAUCCGCUUCCGCAAGAAACCUAAACAACCCAAACAACAGUGCAGCAAAGUGGAGCCCACAGCUGAGAGUGCAGAUCCCUGUGAAGAGCCAGUGAAGAAGAAGCAGAAAGGCAGGAGGAGAGAGGAAGCCGGUCAGAGAUUGCUGGCUGUGGGACACAAAAUAAAAAUGUCUUCAUCUCUGGUAUUCAGAGUUUACAGGCCAGCUCAGGGUUUCUUCAUGGGUAUUCUUCAUGCUGAGUAUCGGGCCGCCACUGAUGUCUAUGCCCUCAUGUUCUUGACUGAUGUCAUCGACUUCAUCAUCAUCGUCUUUGGGUUUUGGGCUUUUGGGAAACACAGUGCAGCAGCUGAUAUAGCCUCCACCCUGUCAGAGGACCAGGUUCCUGAGGCCUUUCUGGUGAUGCUGCUCAUCCAGUUCAGCACCAUGAUCAUCGACAGAGCGUUGUACCUGCGCAAGGCCGUCUUGGGAAAACUCAUCUUCCAGGUGAUCCUUGUGUUUGGGAUCCACCUGUGGAUGUUUUUCAUCCUGCCUGCUGUCACUGAAAGGAUGUUCAGUCAGAACUUUGUGGCCCAGCUCUGGUAUUUCGUCAAGUGUAUUUACUUCGGCCUGUCAGCCUAUCAGAUCCGCUGUGGAUACCCCACUCGUAUCCUCGGCAACUUCCUCACCAAGAAAUACAACCACCUCAACCUGUUUCUCUUCCAAGGGUUUCGUCUGGUGCCGUUCCUGGUGGAGCUGCGAGCAGUGAUGGACUGGGUUUGGACUGACACCACUCUGUCUCUGUCAAACUGGAUGUGUGUGGAGGACAUUUAUGCCAACAUCUUCAUCAUUAAAUGCAGCCGUGAGACAGAGAAGAAAUACCCACAGCCUAAAGGGCAGAAGAAGAAGAAGAUAGUGAAAUAUGGCAUGGGUGGACUCAUCAUCUUCUUUUUGAUCUGCAUCAUCUGGUUUCCCCUGCUCUUCAUUUCAUUGGUCAGAUCAGUGGUGGGUGUGGUCAACCACCCUAUCGAUGUCACAGUGACUGUUAAGCUGGGAGGAUAUGAGCCCCUGUUCACCAUGAGUGUGCAGCAGCAGUCCAUCAAGCCCUUCACAGAGACUGAAUAUGACCAACUUACCAAAAUGUUUGGAGACAAUGCGGUAGCCAUGCAGUUCAUCACUCUCUACAGUUACGAGGACAUAGUGACGGCCAUGAUCGAAGGUAGUUCAGGAUCGGUAUGGAGGAUCAGCCCCCCCAGCAGACAGGAAGUCAUUAAAGAACUACUUGGAAGUCCUGUUGACCUAACACUACGUCUGGCCUGGAAUUUCCAGAGGGACCUGGGUAAAGGAGGGACAGUGGAACACACCUUUGACAAACACUCUAUAGACCUGGAACCUGGAAACCCAGUCAGAGCAGAUCUGGCCUCACUGCUGAUUGGCAAUCGCACUGAGCCUGUGCAUGUUCCUAAUAUGUUCCCUAACUACAUCCGUGCCCCUAAUGGAGCUGAGGCCAAACCAGUCAGUCAACUAGAAAAAGGUAAUGAAGAUGGUUACCGGAAUAUAACCCUGUCCCUGAUGAGUGACAGGUCACUGAAUGGCAGUGGGAAUCAGGAGUGGUGGGACAUUGCCAUCGCAGGCUGUGCCCCCUCCUCAUGUGGGGUUCUACCCAUGGUCAUAUUCAAUGACAAAGUCAGUCCACCCAGUCUGGGCUUCCUGGCUGGAUAUGGGAUCAUGGGUCUGUAUGUGUCUGUGGUCUUAGUCAUUGGGAAGUUUGUGCGUGGCUUCUUCAGUGAGAUCUCCCACUCCAUCAUGUUUGAGGAGCUGCCCUGUGUGGACCGCAUCCUCAAGCUCUGCACAGACAUCUUCCUGGUGCGUGAGACAGGAGAGCUGGAGCUGGAAGAGGAACUUUACUCCAAAUUGAUCUUCCUCUAUCGAUCUCCAGAGACUAUGAUCAAAUGGACCAGGGACAUCCACAGCCGAGACCAGGACAGAUACUGACUGGUUGGCUGAUUACGUUUGGUUGCAAUAGAACACAGUGAUUUCUGAAGCUGUAACUUGGAAGGCUUCUUGAGAACACUCCUUACCAGAGUGGACAUUGACUUACAGCCAAGGGGACACAUGAGAGGAGACAUACUGUAUGAAACAUCUCCUGUUGCUGGACACUUGUUGCUGUUGCUUGUUCACAGCUGCCUCAGCACUUUCAUCAAACCACCUUACACUACAGACUAUUUCAGUGUGGUGACAUCGAUGGCAGCGGGAUUGGACAUAUCGCCCAUAGAAGGCAAAAUCAGGGGUCAAAUUGAGCUGUGUUUGUUAAUGGUCAGUCAAAGGUCAAAGGUCAAACACAAGAGACACUUCAUUCACUGUGUGGCUGAAACCUGAAACUAACUGUAGGUUGAACCAUCUGCAGUUACUGCAUCAGUAUGGUGAUUGAUUUGAAAACAUGCCAUGCUGUCUAUCAAACUUAGAAAUGUUUUUAAAAUCCUUCGUUCUUGUAAAUGUGUGCAGCAGCCAUGGGCGACUGAUCAGGAACCGAGGUUUGACAAAACAGGUCAGAUUUAAAGGGCCAUUUUAGGUUACAUUUACCUAGUCAGAAGAAGGCAAACUCUGAGUUUGGACUCGUAAUCAAAAGCAGCUCUGUCAGUUCCAGGCCACCACAGGUCCCAGGUUCAGGGACAAUGGAAAAGAGAGCUGUGGAUCAGGCUUCUGGGAGACAAGUUUGCUGAUGCAGUUCCUACUGGUUUUCUUUAGUUGACACUUUAAAGUUAAAUUCAAUUCACUUCAAUUAAAAAGACCUUUUUUUUAAUUAAAAAGUAUAUACAGCAGAGCACACAAUUAUAUAAAAAAAAGAUAUAUAAAUAUACUGGUUGCACCUUUGAUCAUAGUUCACGACACCCUCAGACAAAUGUUGGAUCUGAAUGUGCCCAAGUAAAAUGAAGGAAAAUUGGAAUGUCAUAUUGAAUCAUAAAAAAACAUUUUGGGUGUAAGUCAAGUCAAAUUGAUUGAUAUAGCACAUUUCAUACAAUGUAAGCUCAAUGUCAAAAUGUAUAUGGUGCAUAUUCCUAAAUACAUUUCUAUUCAACCAAAUUACACCAUAAACGGGUUAUCAAUAGGGGCCCACUGCUUAUUCUGGUCCGCAGGCCCCCAGCGGGUUAAUCCAGCCGUGCUCUUCAGCUGCUUCAUCACUACCCAUAACACCUGCACGGUUGAUCUCAGACUACCAUAUCAGAAACUUGAGCUUGUCUUUUUGGGGGAAAACACUUGCUCCAUAAAAACAUUUUUAAUCUUACAUAAAGACAGACAUUUGUAUCAUAAUUGGUGUUUCCUGGUACUUCCUUCAGCAGUACUUCAACAGCUGCAGGACUCCCAUGGUAACCACCAGACAUUAAAACUGAUCUUGAAUCUGGAGGCUAAUAAUUCCUGAGUGGUGAUGGAAAAUGGAAUGGAAAUAUACAUGGCACGCACACUAAACUUCCAAGUUAUAAAACAUGUCAUUAUUUACUGCGUUGGCUCACAGACCUGGGGAUCUGUUCCAGACAGCACACUGCAGUUUCAUUGUCUACCUGAAAGUACAGACAUUCUUUUUGUCAAUCUACACACUCUGAUUUAGACAUUAAAAAUACAUGUUCCUACUGUAUAAGAAAAAGAUCUUGGUUUUACACCACCACAAAUGACUGGAAGAUAAGGGAGAGGAGAUACAGUUAAACCAGCCACGGUAUUGUGAAAGCCAUAGAAUGACCUACACCUUUCAUUGGCUGAUACCAGCCACUGAAGAAGUCCACUGUGACAGCUUUCCCGGCUCACUAAGCUGUGGAGGAACUGCAGCUAAUAAAGCACAUCUGUCUGUUGUAAUUGGACUGUCGUUUGUCAAUCAAAAUGUUUAUAGGAAAGUGCAAUGACAAAGAGUUCUACAAGUUUCUACCGAUGAUUCUUAAUGGGACAUUUCCACCAACUUUUAACCACUGUGCAUUUUCCUGGUGUUAGUACCCAGAGCGGACCUGCAGACAGGAGAUGGUGGUGGAAAGCAGUGUGUGGGUGGGUGUGCCAGCUUACCAGGGUGGUGACGACACUGCUUCCACGGCGAGCCUUCUCAUUUUUCCUCAGAUCCACAGGUCUUUUCUGUUCUGCUAAUUCUCCCGGUCAGAAACACAGAAGUGCACCAUCAGUGUCUUCGGCAGGUUGAGCUUCUUCAGCUGCCGCAGGAGGUUCAUCCUCUGCCGGGCUUUGUUGGUGAGGGAGCUGAUGUUCAGCUCUGAAGGUUUCUUUUCUUUACAAAAUGCUGAAUUGGAUUUGGGUGGAGGAGCUUUGUGGCUGUUGGCUCGUGGUCUGACCCUUUAAUAAUUUCUUGUGAUCGCCAUUCACUCGCAGAUAUUUCCCAGACUGGUUGGAUGCUUCAGCUCACUGUGUCGUUUCAAAAAUCUGUGACCCAAAACACCGGCACGCCCAGUGCUGCCAAACACAGUGCAUUAGUUGCAAAUGCGUUCAGUUCAGCAUGAGAGUGUUCAAUGAGCAGCGUUCUUUUAAUCAUGCAAGUUAAUAAACACACUUUUGCUGAAA